UUUUGUCCACGGGCGGGCGGUUGGUCGCGCGGAUGGAGCUGUUCGCGCUGCGCUCCCUUACGGAGCCGCCUCGCCGCCUCAUGUGUGACCCGGGCGGCUGCCUCUUCUACUGCCGGCUGCCGCUCCCUCUGCCCAGGUUCCUGGUGAUCUUCGGCCUGGGCGACUGGGAUGAGUUCACGGAGGAGAGCCGCUUCUCGGCCGAGGUGUCGGCGGGCCCCGCGGUGAGGCCGCAGCGCCUGGGAACCCUGUCCCCGGCCAGCAGGUGCCUGGUGUGGCAGGGGGAAUGGAGGAGUGAGCUGACUGCUGCUGCCAGUGCCCAGGCUGAGGCCACACUGGCUCUGGUCCUCAGCGGACAGGAGGUGGGAAGUGGCUUUAUGAGCAGCACUCCGGUGUUCCCUGCCCAACCUCACCGGGCACUGGAUGCUGUCCUGGCUGAUCUGAUGGACGACAUCUCCCCGCUGUCCCCCAGCUUCCCCCCGCUGCCUGGUCUGACUGCCGCCCUGCAUGGGAGAAGCCUGCGUUUGGACAUACCAAAGGCCGAGAAGGAACCAUGGUGUCCUGCAGAACCUUUCUUCACUCCGUCAAAGACCACUGGACCCACACAGCAGCAGCAUGACGAGGGGGAGGAGGAGACAGAGAUCGAGUCGGAUGAGAGGAGGCGACACACUUGUCCCAGCCCGCGCUGGGAUCACACCCUGUGCCUCAGUGACCCUGACACGGCCAUUCUCAUUGGAGGAGAAGGAGCAGGGAGCGGCUACAGUAAGGAUGGGCUGUGGAGGCUGGAGAUUGACGAUGGUGACAUUUUCUGGUUUCCCUUGGAGACGACUUCCACGCUGAACAUCCCCAUCCCACAAUGUGUUCGCGGUCACUCUGCCACCUAUGACCCCGACGCCAAAAUAAUCUACAUAUUUGGGGGAAAGAAAGAUGGAGAAUGUUUCAAUAACGUCUACAUCCUGGACACCUUGACCUGGAAGUGGUCCGUGGUGAUUGGGAAGGGCAAGGUUCCCUCGCUGUCCUACCACAGUGCGGCCGUCUUCCAGCGGGAGCUAUUUAUAUUUGGCGGCUGCCUCUUCACGCCCCACCAGGGCGGGCAGAUCUACAGCAACUCCCUCUACAUCUUCAACCGCGAGCACGAGAUCUGGUACCAGCCCAUCGUGAUGGGCGACAGGCCACUGCCUCGCUGCGGACACUCUGCCACUCUCCUGAAUGACAAGCUGAUCCUGUUCGGAGGCAGUCGGAGCCGUGUGUUCCUCAACGAUCUUCACAUCCUGGAUCUGGGUUUCAUGGAGUACGUUCAUGUACAGAUACCAGGACCUCCAGCACCACGAUGUCGCCACGCUGCUUUGCCUGUGGGUGAUAAUAAAGUCCUGAUAAGUGGAGGAUACAACCUGGCCGGCGCCCUGCACGAUGUGUUAAUCUUCAACGCUGACACCUACAGCUGGAGCAGUCUGUACCACCACACUCUCUGCUCUGUACCAAGAGCAGGUCACAGCCUGGUGUAUCUGAGCUCGAGCCAGAGCAGCACAGGGACCUGCCUCAAACUCCUGGUCUUUGGGGGAUCAAACAGCACGGGGCAAUUCUACAAUGACACUCUUCAUGUCACUCUGGAGCUGAGUGAGGAAUGUCCAGAAAAUGCCCAUCCAUGAGUUUGCUGUGCGUGAGACGGGAACAUUGUGUCUGUCAGCUGGCUGGUGGCCUGACCAGUGAAUCAUUAAAUGUACUCCUGG